AUGUCUCUGUUUACCAAGAUCGAAACCCCCAGCAUCACCUACGACCAGCCCAUCGGCUUGUACAUCGAUGGCAAGUGGGUGAAGGGCACCGAGGGCAAGACCUUCGAGACCAUCAACCCCUCCAACGAGAAGCCCAUCGUCGCCGUCUACGAAGGUGGUCCAGAAGAUGUCGAUAUUGCCGUCAAGGCUGCCCGAAAAGCCCUCAAUGGCGUCUGGGCCCAGACCCUCCCCUCCGUCCGAGGUGCGAUGCUGACCAAGCUCGCUGACCUCUUCGACGAAUACUCCGACACCCUCGCCGCCAUCGAAUCGCUCGACAACGGCAAGGCUCUCUCUAUGGCAAAAGUUGAUGUCCAGCUCUCCUCGGGCUGCCUCCGAUACUACGGUGGAUGGGCAGACAAGAUCCACGGAAAGACCAUUGAUACCGACCCAGAGACCUUCAACUAUACCAGACACGAGCCCGUCGGUGUGUGCGGCCAGAUUAUCCCAUGGAACUUCCCACUGCUCAUGUGGGCGUGGAAGAUCGGACCUGCCCUGGCCACCGGUAACACUGUCGUACUGAAGACUGCCGAGCAGACUCCUCUGUCUGGUCUAUUCGCCGCGACCCUCGUCGAGAAGGCCGGUAUCCCCGCCGGUGUCGUGAACAUCAUCUCCGGCUUCGGUAAGACCGCUGGCGCGGCCAUUGCCUCGCACAUGGACAUCGACAAGGUUGCCUUCACUGGCUCAACCGUCGUGGGCCGAACCAUCCUCCAAGCCGCUGCCAAGUCCAACCUGAAGAAGGUCACGCUCGAGCUCGGCGGCAAGUCGCCCAACAUUGUCUUCAACGACGCCAACAUUGACGACGCCAUCUCGUGGGUCAACUUUGGAAUCUUCUUCAACCACGGUCAGUGCUGCUGCGCCGGUUCCCGCAUCUACGUGCAGUCGGGCAUCUACGACAAGUUCGUCGAGGCGUUCAAGGAGCGGACGGCCAAGAACGUAGUCGGCGACCCGUUCAAGCAGGACACCUUCCAGGGCCCACAGGUCAGCAAGCUCCAGUUCGACCGUAUUAUGAGCUACAUCCAGAGCGGCAAGGAGGCCGGCGCCAAGGUCGAGACUGGCGGCGAGCGCCACGGCGACGAGGGUUACUUCAUCAAGCCCACCAUCUUCUCCGGCGUCAGCCCGGACAUGAAGAUCAUGCAGGAGGAGAUCUUCGGCCCGGUGUGCACCAUCAGCAAGUUCGAGACCGAGGAAGAGGUCAUCAAGGCCGGCAACGAGACCACCUACGGCCUCGCCGCCGCCGUCCACACCACCAACCUCAACACCGCCAUCCGCGUCGCGAACUCCCUCAAGGCCGGCACCGUCUGGGUCAACAACUACAACAUGCUCAGCUACCAGGUCCCCUUUGGCGGCUUCAAGGAGUCUGGCAUCGGUCGUGAGCUCGGCAAGUACGCACUCUCCAACUACACUCAAGUCAAGUCUGUGCGUGUCCGUAUUGGUGGUGCUAUUUUCGGUUAG